UUCCCCUAUUUCUGUCUCUUGCGGUGGGCCGUUCCGUAUUCUCCGUUACCAAUUUCUUCCUUCCCUUUGCUCGCCGCCGGCCGGGCCAUGGCCGCCGCCUGCGCUUGGGACGCCCUCCCGGAGCACCUCCAGGAGCGCAUCCUCUCGCUCCUCCCGCUCACCGCGCUGCUCCCCGUCGCCGCCGUCUCCCGCGGGCUCCGCCGCCUCCUCCGCUCCCCGGCCUUCCACGCCCUCCUCACCCCGCACCGCCUCGACGCCUUCUUCCUCCUCUCCCCGCGCCUCGCCUUCCACCCUCUAUCCCGCCGCCUCCUCCCCGUGCCACCGCCCGCCGCCGCUCCGGUGCUCUCCUCCGCCUCCCCGUCCCGUCUCGUCACCGCGGACUCGCUCCUCCGCCUCCCGCCGCUCCCCGCCAGCUCCUACCUCCUCGCCGUCGUCGUCCCGAUCUCCUCCUGCCGCUGCCGUGAGUAUACCCUCGUCGCGGUCACCACGGGCCCCGGCGUCCGGUCCUACACCCUCGACUCCGCCGAUCCCUCCCCGCUCUGGGUGCCUCGUGGGGAUCUCCCUCUUCCAUUCGCGCUUCUCGGCAACGCCGCGGUGUCUUCCGAUCGCCGCCGGCUCUUCGUUCUCGCCCGCGGCCCCGACGCGCUUCUCGUGUUCGAUCUGUUGACAGGGCAGUGGGGGUUGCUGCCCGUUGUGAUGCCACACGGUCUCACGACAGCACACCUGUUCGUUUUUGGUGGGCGGCUGUUCUUGGUAGGCGGGGUGGAGAGGUUUGGGAUGGUGGAGAGGGUGUUGGUGUGGCGGCUGGAGGACAGCGAGGCGGCAGCAGAGUGGGCAGAGGUGGGAGCAAUGCCGGAGGAGGUGUUUGAGGAGCUGGUGGCUGGUCGUCAUGGCAGCUUCUGGCAUUUUCAGGCUGCAGAUAGGAUGGGGAUUGUUUGCCUGUACAAUGCUGUAGAAGGGAGGCUCGUGAUGUUUGAUGCGGCUGAUGGUGAGUGGACUAGGCUGUCACGAGUGUCUGGUUUGGAUGCAGAGGAGAGCCACCAGUGGUUUGGGCAUGUCAUGGAGCCGCGCAUGGAACUACUGUUGGGACAGCCCUUCUAGGGCUGAAGAGGUUGUUUCUUGUCUUUGUAUGUUUCUGUGUAAUUCCAAACGGGUGCACCAUCUUUACCUUAAUCUUGAUUCUUGAUGCUGUGUAAAUAGGCACAACUAAAUCCUCUAGUUGUUUCUUAUAAAGAAAGCAAUCUUUUUAUGUGGAAUUACUGUGUAAUGCUUCAGUUUAGUCAUCCCAAGUUGUAAAAUUUGACAAUAUCCAUCAAUUAUAUGAUCAUGGUAGCAUUCAGUUUAGUUAUCCCACUGUUUUUUUUUUUAAUAUUAAGAAUCGGCUAGAGAUAUGCAUGGUAGCAUUCAAUUGUAAAGACACACUAGCACAGUUUUCUAAUCAUGUUUCUUCCCUGGAUUAAUUGAGACAGAACACCUUGAUAAACUGCAAAACACCUCAUGUUUAUUAGAGUGCUUCUGAUUAUUGUCCAG